UAUCAAAAAACCGAGGAAACUCUGCGAUUAUUGUGCAGCAACACUGGAGCCGAAAAUCUGCCGAGGUUGCUGUUGGCCGCUGCGCGACUGCUAUUAUCGUUUAGAUUAAGAGCCUGGAGAAAAGAGACUGAAUGCAUUCGGAAUAAUAGAAGCAGUGGGGUGAAUCCCCUGCGUUUGCUGAGCGUGAGCAUGGAGGAUUAUGACUACUUAUUCAAAAUUGUGCUGAUUGGAAAUGCUGGAGUGGGCAAAACCUGCCUCGUCCGACGCUUCACUCAGGGGCUGUUCCCUCCUGGACAAGGUGCCACCAUUGGAGUCGAUUUUAUGAUCAAAACUGUGGAAAUAAAAGGAGUGAAGGUGAAGCUCCAGAUCUGGGACACGGCCGGGCAGGAGAGGUUCCGCUCGAUUACCCAGAGUUACUACCGCAGUGCCAACGCCCUCAUUCUCACCUACGACAUCACCUGUGAAGAUUCCUUCCGGUGCCUUCCUGAGUGGCUGAGGGAGAUCGAGCAGUAUGCCAACAACCAAGUGGUGACAAUCUUAGUAGGGAAUAAGAUCGACUUGGCCGACAAGCGAGAGGUCCACCGGCAGCGAGCGGAGGAGUUUGCGGAGGCUCAGAGCAUGUUGUAUCUGGAGACCUCAGCCAAAGAAUCGGACAACGUGGAGAAGCUCUUUCUGGAUCUGGCCUGCGAACUGAUCCGCGAGGCCAAGCAAAACACGUUGGACAACAACGACUCCACCCCCAUGCCUGGAGAAGGGAAAAACAUCAAUUACUUGAGUUGCUGCAGCAUGAACUAAGUAGACCCGGCCUCCCUGUCUGGCUGAGGACGCAACAUGGAUUGCAUACAAAGUGGUUGUAUUGUUGGUGACCACUAUGUAGUUGCAGUGUCUACUUCUUUUACCCUUCUCAAAUCCCUGAGUAUUUUAAAACAUACAUUCGGGAAAAACAUAACAAGAUGCUGCUGCUUUUAAAGGAGGGGGGGUUGGUCCGAAACUCCUAGAUGCUUUUGGACUUGUUACACAAUAAUGCUUGCUAGUAGGUCAGACAAUGAGAUUUUCUACACUUCUGUACAAUGCAACAGUUGGGAUUUCCCUGCUGACUCGAGAGCCAAUGUAUUUGUCAUAUUAGAGAUUUGUUUUCUUCGCAAUCUCACGCACUUGAAGAACUACCGUAAUUCAUCCAGAAAUUGACAUUCUGUCAUCAUUCAUUGGCCCUCGUGUCAUUCCAAACCCAUAAUACUUACUUUCUUCUGUGGAACACAAAAGAAGAUGUUUCGAAGAAUGUUCACGCUGACCUUUUCCCGGAUGAAUUCGCACAAAGCAGUCUACAUAACUUGUAUGCUAGCCAUAUGACACUUACAGUUUGGAACGACAUGAGGGUGAGUAAAUGCGGAUUGAAUUUUCAUUUUAGGGUGAACUGCUCCUUUAAGAACCACAAAAUUGGUGUGUUGAUGUGCACAUUUAUUACUCGCGCAAAAUGCACUUCUUUGCGAGAUGGUUUGAGGUUGCUAAUGCAUGCUUGUCUUUUUUUAAAUGAAAGUCAAUGCAAACAGACAGCCAGCUACCGUCAAUAAUCUGUGACAGGUAGAUGUUAAGUAAAACCCCCUCAUUUAUUAGGCGGAGAAUAUAAACUACCCACUAAACAUCCACUGGGUACAUGGAAGCCUGGCUGUUAAUACUCAACGAAGGCCAUGUCAUUUUGAUAAGUCACAGCAAAAACCCAAUGUGCCUCUGCCAUUUCCAUCCUGUCGUAAUGCGUUACAUUGCACCCCGGGGAAUCUCUUGGGGUACGUGUUUGGGUCACGUUUCAGCCGAAAAUGUGACUCAUAGUGUCAAUAUAUCGGUCUGGGUGCAAGGUUGUUUUUUCUCUUGCAUUUGAGUUUGUUUUUCAUUAUUUUAAGAAUAAUUCUCAUUAGGAUAUCAGUACAGUAAUUGUAAUAAUCCUGUCCAGACACAGUUACUGUAAAUAUAUAUAUAUAUAUAUAUAUAUAUAUAAUUUUUUUACAGUAAACCAUAGUAAUUCUACCAUAACAUGUAGAAUUACAACUACGUAUAUACAAAUACAACUUUAAAGUGUUUUUUUUUUUUUUUUUUUCAUUUUUGCAUUACAGUCAUGAAUAGGAAUGGAAAAUGUGCGUAAUUCUUAUGGAAAUUAAGCACACUGUAAAAAUGUUAUCGUUCACAAAAUAAGCUCCAUUUUCUUUCUUUCUGAAAUACACAGCCGUUCAAAAGUUUGGGAUUAGUUAUGUUGGUUUGAAGGAAAUUAAUUAUUUUAUUCAGCAAAGAUGCAUUAAAUUGCUAAAAGAAAGUGACCAUAGAGACAUUUAGAUUUUGUAUUUCAAAUAAAUGCACUUUUGAUGUAUCAGUUUCCACAAAAAUAUUAAGCAGCACAACAUUGAUAAUAAUAACAAGAAAUGAUUCUUCAGCAUCUAAACGUCAUAUUAGAAUAUAUUCGAUUUGAAGACUUUACGUCACAGGAAUAAAUGACGUUCAUUUUAAACUGUAAUAACAUUUCACAAUAUUACUAUAUGUUUAAUUACAUAAACACAGCUUUGGUGAACAUAAAAUGCUCAAAAAUAAGCCUUAAACCUUUGAACGGCGUGUUAGUCCAGAUUUUUUUAGCGGCUUUGCUCAUUAUGUCCUAAAAAAGUAAACGCAAUGAACUCGAUGUAAUAAUGCACUGUCUAAAAUGCUUAUUUCAUUCCAUAUUAAUAGUUUGUUUUCCCUAUAGGAAAACUCCUGACUCACUUUCGGAGAUAUUCUGUCCUGCACAUUAUUACAUAUUACAAGAACUGAAAAAUACCAGGAUGCUUUGUAGUUCAUUUAGUCCAGCUUUAGUAUUGUAAUAACCGUAGCGAUGUUUUAAGCUUUUGGCACUUGAGAGGCCAAGAGAACAGUGUGUGUAGUUUUUGUGUGAAUGAGAGAUAUCAUGUAUUCCAUAGAUGUUUCAGUGAGUUCUUGCACAAAUGGUCUUUGUGUUUCAAUGCAUUGUAUUGAGGAAAAGACGAUGGAGUUGUUUAACGGUGUGAUGCAGUGAUUCUGAUUUGUGUUCUUGUGCAUUUUAAUGACUUUUGAAACCGUUGGAACUUGUACCUCCAACCUUGGCUGUGCUGUAAGGCUGUUUGCACCUGUGUCAUUACAAUGGAACUGUGAAUCUCCUCUUUUAUAGACUGUCAGUAUUUUACUUGCUGCUACAGAGCUUUUUCCUUUUAUUUCCUUUUAUUAACGAAAUUGACGGAAUUACAUCUGAGGUUUUCCAUGCCUUGUGAUGAUGAUGAUGAUAGUUCAAUGAUUUUGUUUAGAGUGAUUUUUUUUUUAACACUCAACAAAAUCCAACACUAACUUGAGGACCAAUUGUUUUACUUUUUUUUUUUUUUUGUCCAUGCCAAUAUAAUGCAUUUUCCUCAUAUUUACGCAUUGCUGCUUAUAUGAUAUUAAGCUUUUCUAUUAACAUUUUAUUUUAAAGUGAUAACCUUUUCUAGUUUUGUAUAAACUGUUUUCUUUAUAUGUUACUUGACGUGCCAUGCACAGUAUUUUCUCUGUCGGGUAUUUUUGUCUAGCUUUGUUUUACAGAUACUCGCCAUAUUGUAAUGUGUUGCAUUGUGUACCAAUGGGACUCUAUAAUAAUUUCUUUUCUAUGUUAAAGGCCCUAAUUUUCAGUACAAGUUGCUACUAAGCGCUUACAUUUUCUGUGGACGCUGUUAUUAUGUCUCAUUAUGUAAAGACAAUAUUCAUCAAGGAGUAACAGUCUUUUGUCUAGUGAAGAUGAAACUCAAUUCUUUCGCUGUACAUUUCUGUGCUUUUGGUAUAUAAGUUGUGAUUCGUCUUCUGCGAUUCAUUUGUCAUAAAGAGACAAACCCCACGACUGCAGCAAUUCAGUAUUGCGAAUAUGUUUUCUUGAGCAAUUCUGUGUAACUUUGUGUUUUAAUUCUCAGCAUAUAGACUGCAAGUUAAUACAUUUCUCCAAAUAAACAUGGUUAUGACACUA